GGAGCUCCUCCCUCCUCCAGGCUGCCGUCACCGGGGCUGCUGGACCGGAGCAACUCGGCACUAACAACCAGCCGCCGGCUGCUCCUCCGUGCUGAGCGAAGACUCGGUGCAGCCAGGAGACUGCCCGCCGUCUCUGCCCGUCAAAAGUCUCGCGGUCCACGGUUGACGACAUGGCCUCCGACGGCAUGGACGAGCGAUCCCCGCUGCUGUCGGGUCCCAACUCCGACAACGCGACCCCCACUGCUCCCCCGUACCUGCAGGAUUCAAGUCCCCGAGCCGAACUACCUCCUCCCUACACAGCCAUCGCGAGCCCCGACGCCGGCGGUGUGCCCGUCAUCAACUGCCGCGUAUGUCAGUCGCUCAUAAACCUGGAUGGAAAGCUGCAUCAGCACGUGGUCAAGUGCACAGUCUGCAAUGAAGCUACACCCAUCAAAACUCCCCCAACAGGGAAGAAAUAUGUGAGGUGUCCCUGUAACUGCCUGCUCAUCUGUAAAGACACGUCGAGGAGGAUAGGAUGUCCUCGACCAAACUGCAGACGGAUAAUCAACCUGAGCCCAGUGAUGGUUAUCCCAGAGGAGCAGCCCGCCCAGCCGGCACUGCCCAUCCAACCUGAGGGGAUGAGGGUGGUCUGCGGCCACUGUGGCAACACCUUUCUUGGCAGUGAGGACGCCAGAACAUCCCAGCCAAUGUCUAGCCUCCCCAGCGAUGGCUCUCCCCCAGCACCACAAGAGUGGAUGGAGCUUCGGUUUAACACACUAGCCAAGUGUCCCCACUGCAAAAAAAUAUCCUCCGUUGGCAGUGCGCUCCCCAGGAGGCGUUGUUGUGCUUAUAUAACUGUAGGAAUGAUCUGCAUUUUCAUUGGAGUGGGUUUAACGGUUGGGACUCGGGACUUUGCCAAUCGUUACAACGCUACCUACGUGUCCUGGGCGUUCGCCUACCUGCUGGGUCUCAUCUGUCUGAUACGAGCCUGCUACUGGGGCGCUAUCAAAGUCAGCUACCCGGAGAAUAGCUUCGCCUAGAGCGGACUCGGCAUGGCUGGAAGAACAAACCUCACUUUUAGUUUUUUUUGCCAUCCAGAUUUUAAACCGGUCAUGUUCAGCAGAGAGGAAUGCCUGCAGAGCCUCUGGACAGGAGUGUGUUGAAGAGGUGUUGUGUGUGUGUGUUUGAAGAGGUGUAUUUUGGAGGUGUAGCUUGAAUCUUAUUGUUUUUGUCUGGAAUGUUUUAGAGAGUUUUGACCCACUGAACAAACCUAAUGUAUGUCAAUCAGUCCUCCUACUAGUCCACAAGGACUAAAAUCCUGCCCAGGUUUUGCCAAAAUCCUCCAAAAUCCAGAAUCUACAGAAAGCUGCAGACCCAUACUGUAUUGAAACCAUUUAUCUUGCCUGUGUGUACACUGACAUAGUAUUGCAAUAUGAUUUUAACUCUCUAAAUGAUCCAUUUUUAAAAGAAAUUCUUGAAUACCCAUUUGUGCCAACUUUGCUGCCCAGUAUUAGUCAAGAAGUGCAAAAGAUCAAAAGGAGUGUGUCUUUUUUUAAAUAUCAAAGUGUUCAUUUUUGGUGUCAUGCAGCUUUUAACUCACUACAGCAAUAACCCUUUUAGUUUAAGUUAUUUUGAACCCCCCUUUGUUUUUCACUGCUCUUCCGUUGCCUUCUCAAUGUUGGAAUAUGAUCCCAGAACAUGGGGACUCAUGUUUGCAUGUUGACUCUCUUAUGCUCUGUCACUGAGGUGGUGUUUUUGUCAGUUUUCAGAGAGGUAGCUGAAGAUUAUGAUGCUCCUGUCUUUGCUCUGUCUGCCUGUGAGUUAGAAUGUAAACCCUCCUCUUCCUCCCUCCGCUUAUAAUCGCCGCUCUGUGACCUCCGGUGAACUCUGUGCUAGCUAGCAUCGCUAUAGGCUAACUCGGCUUCCUGUCUCUUCACCUUGACCAGUGGGCGCAGCUCAAACUUCUAACCUUGUUUUGAAUGUGAUGAUGAUGAUGAUGAUGAUGAUGAUGAUGAAGCAGAACAUAAUGUUAAAAAACCCUUUGUAUAUAGCUCAAAUUCAGUACUUGGAAAACUGUAGUGAAAGGUGAAAGCAGAAGAUGGCUCGUGGGUCUUUUUAAAAAUGAUAAUUUAUCAAUAAAAUGCAAAAACUGCC